CAGGCUCGAUCUUAGUAGUGGCUCUCAUGGUUAUUGACCUAAAGCUCCAAGACAUCUUGCCAGAACAGCACACCACGUCUCCACCAGUCCAAAUAUUCGUACUUUUGGCACAGGUGUGGAACCUACUGUCUGUCUUGCUUUCUAUCCUGGUUCUCAACUUCAGUCAUCGUGGAGUCAGGCAGGCCCAGGUCCCGCCUUUUAUCAAGACGAUAUUUCUCGAUGUUUUAAAAAGACUGGUAUUUGUAGCCGACAGUCAGCAGAAGCUGCAUGGGCUUGACAACCCUGUCACCAGCGCCCCGUUCACCGCCGAACGUCCUGCGCCGGCGUCAAGAUCAUAUGGAGAUGACUCUGACACCGGCAAAGACACCCAGACACUGCUCAAAAUCGAGGACUCGUUGAGCAAGAUGGUGGAAUACCUGAAUAGCAAGCGAGCCAAGCAUGUCAACAAAGAAAACGUGAAAAAAGUUGCCAAUGAGUGGCGCGAGUUGGCGCUCGUGUUGGAUCGAUUGUUUUUCAUUGGUUCAUUGGUUACUUUCUUUCUGUGCUGUGUCACGUUGAUUACUUAAAUGUAUUUAACAUGCUAAUGGCCGGCCUCGCUGGAGCUGGUAGGUAGGUUCGUACCCCGGUAACGACUUCCACCCAGAGCGAGAUUUAACGUCUUAAUGGGUAGGUGUAAGGUCACUACUCUGACCUCUCUCUCACUAAUCACUAACAAUUACACAUUAACCCAGGACAGACACAGAUACAUAUAUACCUAAUCUUUACAAAAUCACCAUACAUGGAUAAUAGUCUUGUCACACUUUCUGGUUACACAAUAGAACCCUUAGUUUUGUAUAUAAAUCAUUAUACAUGUAUACUAAUCUUUACUUAUGAUUAAAAACGUAACGAAAUA